GAAAAAGGGUAAGGGACAGGAAGUGACGGACACAAACCCCAUGUCGGAGUUAGGCUGUUGUUUCGCCUAUCUGGUCUAGUGUUUGACUGAGCGCGGAGUGUUACAGAUCCCCCUCACGAAGAUCUACGCUGACGUGUACCUAGCAGGAAGUGUGAACGUCGCAUCAUCGGCUGUCAAAACUGCAAGUAACCGGCAUUUUGUGUUUUUAGCAACAUAUAGUGGAUGUUUUAGUUCCUGAAAAUACGUAACGAUGUCGGGGGCGAUAUCAGCGAUAGGUGCUGUUAUCCUGGCUCUGUUGUUGGCUGGCUAUUUGGGCCAGCAGUACUUGCCUCCACCUAAGCCCAGAGUGAUCGGCCUGGACCUGGGCACCACUUUUUGCUCCGUGGGUGUGUUUCACCCUGGCAGCGGAGAAGUGGAGGUGAUAGCCGAUGAGGAGGGCAGGAAGAGCCUCCCCAGCGCCGUCUCCUUCACCAAUACGACAGUGUUAGUCGGAUACGAAGCCGUGGAUGUGGCCGACAAGAACCCACAGAAUACUAUUUAUGAUGCUAAGAGGUUCAUUGGGAAGAUCUUUUCUCCGGAUGUGCUGGUCCUGGAGAGCAGCCGCUACCCCUUCAAGGUGAUGAACAACAACGGGAGAGCAGAGUUUGUCAUUACCACCAAUGGUACGUUCACGGUGACUCCGGAGUUUAUCGGCUCCAGGCUGCUGCUGAAGAUGAGGAAGAUGGCCGAGCGACAGCUGAAUGCUCCCGUCCACAAAGCCGUCAUCUCCGUGCCUGCAGAGUUCGACGAGAAGCAGAGGAACGACACCGUCCUAGCCGCUAAGCUAGCUGGGCUGGAGAUCUUACGCGUGAUCAACGAGCCCACGGCUGCGGCCAUGGCGUACGGGCUUCACAAGGUGGACGUCUUCAACGUGCUGGUGGUGGACCUCGGCGGGGGAACCCUUGAUGUGUCCCUGCUCAACAAACAGGGCGGCAUGUUCUUCACUAGAGCCAUGGCAGGAAACAGCAAGCUAGGAGGUCAGGACUUCAGCCAGAGGUUGUUCCAGUACACCACAGAACGAUUCCAACAGGAGUACGGGGUCCCGCCCACCCUCAAAACAGACAUCCAUCGCCUCCGCCAAGCCGUGGAGGCCGCCAAGCUCAACCUCACCCUCCAUCCCAGCGUCGUCAUCAGUGUGCCGCUUCAUCUCCACACCCACGACGACUCUGCCCCGGUAGAGGUUCUCUUCCAGGCGGCGGUCACACGACGGCUUUUCGAGGAGCUUAACGAGGACUUAUUCCAGAAGAUCCUGGACCCCGUGGAGACGGUACUCGCCGAGGGCCACCUGGAGAAAGACGAAGUGGACGAGGUAGUCCUGGUGGGCGGAUCCACCAGGAUACCACGCAUCAGGCAGCUCAUCAGCGAGUAUUUUGGGAAGGAGCCCAACACGUCCGUGGACCCCGACUUGGCUGUGGUGACCGGCGUGGCCAUCCAGGCCGGCAUCAUGGGCGGAUCGUGGCCGCUACAAGUCAGUGCCGUCGAGAUCCCCAACAGACAUCUCCAAAAGACAAACCUGAGCUAGUACUUGUUUACUCGGGACUGCGUAGACACCCUGAAUGUAGGCAUGCUGGCAUCAACUCACUCACCAACAUUCCUUGAAGAAAAAGGGCCAAAAAGCACUUUAGUCGUGCACAGCUGCUGUGAACCAGCUUUUUAGUUGACCUUUUACUUGUUUUUGCAGUUCUUCUCAGGGAGGUAUCCCGCUCUUACAUUCAACUUGGCUUGGGGACCACAGGGUCAUAGGUUGAAGACCCCACCAAGACAGGAAAAAGAAGAGAAAUUGGGGAUGGAUGCACUUUUGAUGUGCCUUUGAGCAAGGCACGGGACUCCCUCCCCCUCGUAUUGGGGGUUUGACAGAGUUGCACGUCUCCCUUUCACUCUUGAUUCCCCAAAUGAUAAAGCGUGCCUAUUGUCAACAAGACCACAAGUCAACAUACUACUGCUCAUGGCCGACAGGCAUCACAGCUAUAACAUGAUUGUGUAUUUCAUUAUGGACAUUCACAUACAUAUUUAAGGUACUUAUACUCUAUGUUGUGUUUUUUUAAAAUGACGGUUUGAUGGGAAAGUUGCUUUGUAUUAAAUACAACCAACUAACUGUAGUUUGCGUGUCAAAACGUUUGAAGAUUCUUGAAUGAUUUAGCCUUUUAAUUUGAUCAGAAUCCAAAAUUAUUGCCAAAAAAGAUAAAUUGAACAAUAUAAAUACAUCAGUGUAACAAUAUUAACAAAAUAAUACGGUGCAAUUACUCCGUGUGCAUACAAUUGUUUGAUUUAAAUAAAUUAACAUGCAAAAUAAAUGACCACCACAUACUCCACAAAUAGGCGAUAUAUUGUUUCCCCACAGAAAACACAUCUCAUUCAUCCUUAGUCGGUAAUAAUUUAUAAAUACGUGAUAAUAUAGGUAAAAAUGUACAGCAUACUGUACAUACAUUACUGAAGAAACUGCAUUUACCAAAGCUAGCCAUUCAGUCCAUGUACUAGCUGAAUAUAUAUAAGCGGUAUCAAACAGAGCAACAUACUUGCUCAUAGUGCAAUAAAACAAAAAAGACCUUAUAAAACUAAUUUCCAAAUGCCCACAAAGCAUGCUGGGUAGUCCGGCUGCAACAAUAUGAACUGUGACCAAUAAAAAUCACUGCAU